CAGCUGCUGCGUGCUGCAGUCGGCCUGCCCUGUCUGCCUCUGAGCCUGCUGGGAGUUGGAGGGAGAAAGCGUCGAGGGAGAGAACGAGCAAAGGGGGGGAAGUGAGUGUGUGUGUGUUUGUGUGUGUGUGUGUGCGGCUCCCAAACUGGAAAAACCAACACUAAAACACACGCACACGCGCAACAUUCAGGCCGACUCUAAAGCCUUUACGGACGGAUUGUCGGGACAACUUUACAGAGAGCUGUGAAAACACGCAAAGGAGAGCCUGAAAACUUGCGUGAUUGUGUGUGUGUGUUUUUUCUUUCUGCUGUUGCUCCGCGCCGCUUGCUCUCAUACUGAGCGGAUCCGUGUGUCGGAGCAGGAUUGCGCAUUGGCUCUCCAAACAGAAAGAAGAGGAACAAUGAAGAAGUAACCCUUUUCUUUUUGCUUUUUUUUUUUGUGUGCGUGUGUGUGCAGAGUUAUAACCAAAGUGUCAUUUAGUCUCGCGUUUCUUCUCCGUCCUCUCGCGGUGAUUUCCCCCCUCGUCCUGUGCGGGAUGCGUCGGCUGCUGUAGGAUCCGCUUGUUGACGACUAACAAAAAAAAAGAAAAGAAAAGAAGUUUACAACAAGAGUGGGACACGAAGAGGCAGAAAAUGUCCUCACCGAGGUUUAAAAAGGAUAAAGAAAUCAUCGCGGACUACGAGAGCCAAGUGAAAGAGAUCCGGGCCCAGUUGGUGGAGCAGCAGAAAUGCCUGGACCAGCAGACGGAUAUGAGGGUCCAGCUCCUGCAGGACCUGCAGGACUUCUUCAGGAAGAAGGCCGAGAUCGAGAUGGAGUACUCGAGGAACCUGGAGAAGCUGGCCGAGCGCUUCAUGGCCAAGACUCGCAGCACUAAGGACCACCAGCAGUACAAGAAAGACCAGAACCUUCUGUCCCCGGUCAACUGUUGGUACCUGCUGCUGAACCAGGUGAGGAGGGAGAGCAAAGACCACGCCACGCUGAGCGACAUCUACCUCAACAACGUCAUCAUGAGGUUCAUGCAGAUCAGUGAGGACUCCACACGGCUCCUCAAGAAGAGUAAGGAAAUCGCCUUUCAGCUGCAGGAAGACUUAAUGAAGGUCCUCAACGAGCUGUACACAGUAAUGAAGACGUACCACAUGUACCACUCGGAGAGCAUCAGCGCAGAGAGCAAGCUGAAGGAGGCCGAGAAGCAGGAGGAGAAGCAGAUCGGCAGGGGAGACCCCGUCUUCAGCAUCCGCAUGGAGGACAAAUACCAGAGACGCAGCUCGGUGAAGAAGAUCGAGAAGAUGAAGGAGAAGCGUCAAGCCAAGUACUCCGAGAACAAGCUGAAGUCCAUCAAAGCGAGGAACGAGUACCUGCUUACCCUGGAGGCGUCAAACUCCUCUGUGUUCAAAUACUACAUCCACGACCUGUCCGACCUGACAGAUUGCUGUGAUUUGGGAUACCAUGCCAGUCUGAACCGCGCCCUGAGGACCUACCUGUCGGCAGAAUACAACCUGGAGACGUCCCGACACGAGGGUCUGGACAUCAUCGAGAACGCCGUGGACAGUCUGGACCCCCGCAGUGACCGGCAGAGGUUCAUGGAGAUGUACCCGACAGCUUUCUGCCCACCGGCCAAGUUUGAGUUCCAGCCUCACAUGGGAGACGAGGUGUGCCAGAUCUCCGUGCAGCCGCCUGUGAACGGAGAGCUCAUCCUCAGGUUCCAGCAGCUUCAGUCCCGCCUGGCGACUCUGAAGAUUGAGAACGAGGAGAUCAAAAAGACGUCAGAGGCCACCCUGACCACCAUCCAGGACAUGGUGACCAUUGAAGACUACGACGUGUCCGAGUCUUUCCACCACAGCCGGUCCACAGAGUCGGUUAAGUCCACCGUGUCGGAGACGUACCUCAGCAAGCCGAGCAUCGCCAAGAGGAGGGCCAACCAGCAGGAGACGGAGCAGUUCUACUUCAUGAAAUUCCGGGAGUUCCUGGAGGGCAGUAACCUCAUCUCCAAACUGCAGGCCAAACAUGACGUGCUGAAGAGGACGCUGGGUGAAGGCCACAGAGCCGACUACAUGACCACAAGACAUCCUCAUGGGACGUUCAAAACGGGCACGCGGCGGGCUCGACCCCGCUCCGUUUUUAAUGUUAGGUUAUUUAAUGGCAAUCUGGAGUCAUUCAUAAAGGACUCUGGACAGGCAAUCCCACGCGUGGUCGAGAGCUGCAUUCGCUUCAUCAAUCUCUACGGCCUGCAGCAUCAAGGAAUCUUUCGUGUAUCUGGAUCCCAGCUGGAGGUCAACGACAUCAAGAACUCAUUUGAAAGAGGAAACGACCCUCUGACGGACGAGGAGAAUAAUCACGACAUCAACUCGGUGGCCGGCGUUCUCAAACUUUACUUCCGAGGUUUGGAGAAUCCUCUGUUCCCCAAAGAGAGGUUCAACGACCUGCUGGCCUGCAUCAGAAUAGAAAACCUGUACGAGCGAGCGCUGUACAUCCGUAAGAUCCUCCUGACCAUCCCCAGAUCUGUCCUCGUAGUCAUGCGCUACCUCUUCGCCUUCCUCAACCAUCUGUCCCAGUACAGCGACGAGAACAUGAUGGACCCGUACAAUCUGGCCAUUUGCUUCGGCCCCACGCUCAUGCCCACACCGGACAGCCAGGACCAGGUCUCCUGCCAGGCUCACGUCAACGAGAUCGUCAAGACCAUCAUCAUCCACCACGAGACCAUCUUCCCCGACGCCAAAGAGCUGGACGGGCCCGUCUAUGAGAAGUGUAUGGCUGGAGGAGACUACUGUGAGAGUCCCUACAGCGAGCACGGAGUCCUGGAGGAGGUAGACAACGAGGGAGGGACAGAGACGCACACCAGCGAGGACGAGGGUGAGCCCAUUGAAGCCAUUGCCAAGUUUGACUACGUCGGGCGCUCUUCCCGAGAGCUGUCCUUCAAGAAGGGCGCCUCCCUGCUUCUGUACCAGCGGGCGUCGGAGGACUGGUGGGAGGGACGGCACAACGGCAUCGAUGGCCUGGUGCCACACCAGUACAUCGUGGUCCAAGACAUAGACGACAACUUCUCCGACACUCUGAGUCAGAAGGCUGACAGCGAGGCCAGCAGCGGGCACGCCGCGGACGAAAAAUGCUCGGGGAAAGACCUCGGCUCGCCCACUGACCCCAGGAUCUCUGAGGCCUACAUCUCCAGGCACAGGAAAAGAUCAGACCCACCAUCGCGGCGCCCCCCCGCCCGCCCCAGUGAUGUGCACUGCAUGGUGCAUCCCUCUCACGGGGGCACGCCAGAGAUGGGCUCCCCUGUCCUGGGCCACUUCAGUCCACGGGACAUGCUGCGGAGUCGCAACCACAUGCCCAUGGACAGCCCUGAGCGUCGGCGCCGCACGGGCCACGGCAGCCUUUCCAACAUCAGCCGCCACGAGUCGCUGAAGAAGAUGGAGAGCCCCCCGAUCCGCCGCUCUACCUCUUCGGGCCAGUAUCCAUCCUUCAACGACACCCACCACCAUCACCACCACCACGGCGGCAAGCCCCUCGACCCGGAGACCAUCGCACAGGACAUAGAGGAGACGAUGAACACCGCUCUGAAUGAGCUGCGUGAACUGGAGCGGCAGAGCUCAGCCAAGCACGCCCCUGACGUGGUGCUGGACACCCUGGAGCAGCGGCAGACGUCCGGCGGCAGCGGCGGGGGUCCCACGCCCGCCAGCUCCAGCGAGUCCCUCAGCCCCAUCCACGGCGUCAUGCUGAGGUCCACCGCCAACACCGAGCCGCCCAUCCGCCGCAGCACCAGCUCCUCCAGCGAUACCAUGAGCACCUUCAAGCCUGCUGUGGCGCCCCGCAUGGGCGUGCAGCUCAAACCCCCCGCCUUGAGGCCCAAGCCCAUGGUGCUGCCCAAGUCCAGCCAGGCCUCGCAGCCUCAUCCCACAUCUCCUCAGGACCCUCUGGACAAGUCCUGCACUAUGUGACCUGUAAGACAAAGACUCUCCAACAACGUCCAGUCGGCUGCACAGUGCUUCCAUUUUUUUUUUGAUAGACCUACGACAAAUGAGAUCUCAGAGAGUGUAUAAAAACACAUGGACAGGAGGACAUGAUCACAAACUCUGCUAUGAGAGACUGAUGCAGGAUACAGUGAGAGAGAGGGGUCAGUCGGACAAAUCUUCUGUCUCUUUGAUGCAGAGUAAAACUUCAAGUAAAAGCUCAUCCCGAUUAAAGACCCGCUCCUUUUUCAGCAGCCUGGUGUAGAUGCAUGAUUUAACAAACAAAGGCAGCUCUCACUUAGAGGCUCCUCUGAGUUUAGUGCUGAUUAGUUCACUGGACCAAAAAUAAAGAGGAGGAAGCAGCGAGACACUUUAGCAUCUGUCUGAGAAAGACGGAAUAAUACAAGUUUGUGGACAAGUGUGAGGAGAUUAAAGCUCAGCUGGAGAUUGCAGAGUGUGAGCACGGCCUCUCAGAGUCUCCUGCAUGAUGAUCUUUAUAAAGAACUUCAGUGAGCGACAGCAGGGGAGGGGACCACUCUACUGCUUGUUCUGGCUUUAGAGAUGGAAAUAAAUGUUCUUUACAUCCCUCAUAUGAAAUGUUAAAACACUCUGAUGUGUUCACACAGCUCCACAGGUCAGCGCAGCACUCGAUAGGGGUCUCUCUCUCUCUCUCUCCCUCUCUCUCUCUCAUAGUGCAGCAGCUUGACAGAGAUGGGCCGUCUUAAAAAACAUCAAAGAAUAAUUUAGUUUGUUUAUCGAUAUCACAGAUUAGUUUAGGAGUAAGUAAAGGUCCGCCUCGUAUUGACGCCUGUCCUGAGUAAGGUCGGGCUCGUCUCAGAGACUGAAGAUAAGAAAAGCUGUUAAGUGAAGUUUUAUGGCAGGAUAAUAUGAUCCUGCCAUAAAAUAUGAUUUUUUUUUUUUGUUUUUAUGAAUCUAAACAACAAAUCACAAAGGCUUCCUUAUGGGUGUUAGAAAAUGUCCGUGAUUGAGUCGGACGUUGAUGAACUCUGAACUCAACAGGCUGCAUGAGGCUCCUGAGUUCACCACUGAGACCACGACGGACCACAGGGUUGUUGUGUUUAGCUCUUUGAGGGUGUUGUGACCUGCUUUAUUAAGGCCUUAUUGACUUUGAAAUGUAACUGAUUGAACAUGUCGAACUCUUAUUAUGAAGUUGCUGUGAUUACCUGGACAGAACAAGGUUUCUGUUUCUAAACGGUACUUUGUUGAGAGAUAAUAGUACUGAUAUUUUCACUAGCUUGUAAAACUGCAACUUUUUCGUGACACAGCCUGCCGGAAAUGUACAAAGAUCACCUCUGUGCUCGGCUGGAGAUCCUUCCAUUAUGCCUGGAAUGAGAUGUGACUAUUGGAUGAAACCACUACUUCACCAUGAACUGUUUGAACACUUCCAUACUUUAUUGGAUUCCUGCAGCGACGCGUCUCGAUGUAGGGCGGAAACAUACCUGAUAAUAUCGCCUGCCUUGCAUCUGCAGAUCUGACGGGGGUCUACAGUGUGACUGGUUCUGAUGACAAAUCAUCUCAUACCUGCAGUUUAUUCAGCACAUAUGCUAUAUUGUACGUUGUGGAACACAUGCUACAGCCGAACUAACCCAAAGACGUGAUGUGUGUGAGUUAAAGCAUGGAUGUGAAACCCUCCAUAUAUUGACUGAUGUGUACAGACCCUGUGGCAGCGCCCUCUAGAGGUGCUGCAGGUAGCCAUGGACCUGAUGACUGUUAGUGUAAAAGGUUUUAUUCAUGCUGCUUCCUGUGCUUCUUUAUGUCCUCAUUUCCUCUUUUAACAUUCAAGAAGGUGUCAUCGUCGUCUGACUGACACAGAGGCUUUGUCUGCUGAUUUGAUGUGCACCCGUGUAUCAAGAAGGGUUGUCGCGAUAUGAAGAAUUUUAAACUUCUAUAAAAUAAUAGUAAAGAUUGAAUUACAUCCGUGCCUGAUUUGAUACCACAGCAUUGGAAAUAUCAGUCCUAGGUGGCAAACAUCGAGAGAUUUAUUGUUUUUCAUCACCAAAAGAUUGCAGGUGAACUCCUGCACAUUGUCUAAAUUACACAAAUAAGUCCUCAACACAUUUGUGCAAUUAAGACAGUGCUCUCUCUCUUUCUGUCUCUGCAGGUAGUUUGGUCAUUUUCGAUACUGUUGAUCACAGAGAUUGAAUCAUUUUAAAAACCAGACGUAUCGAGAAGCGUCCAGGAGUUUGACCACCUUAGUUUGGAGGUAUUCUCAAACAAUCAUUGAUGAACAGCCUGUACCAGUCAGCGCAAAUGUGUGCAGGUCAUGUGAUUGUUUUUAAUGCUAUUGCUCCCCUUUGUGCAGAGGUUCCAGCUGUGAGUGCGCCCCCUGUCUUUCUCCUUUUGAAUAACAUCUGUGCUGUAGAUAUCAGUGAAGUGGGUGCAUGUUUUGGGAAUGUUCUGCGAGCAUACGAACACAGACUGGUGUGCUGUGAAGAAGAAGCAGAGCUCUCUGACAGCAGGUUUACACGCUCUUUGACUUGACAGAUGUUGUGUGUGUAAUAAUCCAAAAAGAUGAAGAUGAUUUCUGACUCACUAACUUUGUUUAUUUUUGUAAUCCUUUCUGUUGUUUUUGUUUUGUUUGGGCGAUGACUUCAAACGAGAGGCGUCGACUAAAAUCUGCCGAGUUGUAAAAAAAGUAAAGUGUGUUACUGUCACUCUGCUAACAUCAUCACCAGUAGGACUCAGUGUCGCCCCCUGUAGGCUUUACUCUGUGUUGUUCUGUACAUCUGUAGUAUGUACUCGUGAAAGUGCCUUUGAAAAUGUUUUAGAGGAGCUUGAGACGUCCUGUUUAAUUUUCAUGUCUGUUUGAGAGAACGCUGCGCAGGACGGUUACACAUGAGUACGUAAUGACUCCAUUUUCCAAACAGUAACGAGAGAAUUAAUAAUAAACACAUUAACCAUUGUGACAUUGCACUUUCAUGUAUAUACCUGUAUAUAUGGCAUGUAACAUCAUAACAUUUUGAGGGUUUAUACCUCUGAGGAUUUCUUUCUAAUAAAGGAAAUAGUUUGUAGAGUCUCA